UUCUCCCGGAUGUGUAACAUUUUGAUGGACAGUUCGAAGUAUGUCCCCGAGCAGCAGUUUAUAUUACGAGUUCCUGAACACAUUGCCCCUGACGUCAAACAGUCGAUGGAAGUUGGUGACGUAAAUGAAAAACUUUCUUUCGAAUUUUCGGGUGAUGGUCGUCAUGCUGUUGUUCGAUGGGAAGGCAAACAGCUGUCUGGAAAGCUUGUGGACUUACCCUGCAUCAUUGAAUCUCACAAAACUGUAGAUAAGAAAACACUGUAUAAAACUGGAGACGUUUGUCAGAUGCUUGUGGUUACCGACGAAGAUCCGAGUCUUGACUCGCCAGAAGAGCUAGAAGAUCGUCUGUCGUUGUCAAAGAGAAAGGAAUUAAUAAAGAAGUUCCAGUGGAACCAUGGCAUUACACCACCAUUGAAAAAUGUGAGAAAGAGACGAUUUAGAAAAACCGCACCAAAGAAAUACAUUGAUUCACCCGAAAUUGAGAAAGAAGUUCGACGUCUCUUGAGAGAAGACCUACAAGCCAAAGAUGUCAAGUUUGAAGUCGUGGUGGAAGAAGACAGGCAGGACGAUGCAAGUGUGAUUGGAUCUCGUGUAAACUCACCCACUCAGGUAGUAAAGCGACAAACAGCAGCAAGAGCAGGUGUGCCUUCAGACAUGUUGGAGAGUGAUGAAGACGACGAUCUUGCUGAAAUAUUGCAAGCUACGAGUAGCGAAGAUGAGGGUGAUGAUGACUGAGGGUUCGUUCUACAUUAGGGUGUUCCUACACGGGUCACUCAGAAUUCUGGAUUUUUAUACUAGACAAACAAGGUUGUGUACUGUAUGUGAAUACCAAAUAGGAAAUUUAUUAUUUAUUCGUAUCUGA